CAGUCACGAACAACAAUAACACCAAAUUGGCAAGAUACCAGUUCGCGAAGGCGACCAAUUUGGCUUCUGAUCCCAGCCAUCAUCAGAGUGCCUCCCUUCUUCGUUCUCGACGACCAGGUGAGAAGGAAGAACAAGUUCGUGUUUGUAUAGGUGGAAGAUUGGUUCACCGACAGUACCAAUCCGUUUUCCACACAGUCAGCAACGCAGUCUGUGACCUUUAAGUAAGGUGCAGUGGUACCGUGAGUUACUAAACCGAUAUUGCUGUAGAUUUGCGUAGCUGGUGAAAAUUGUUAGAGCGACUUUUCAUGUGAACAGUGAACGUUGCAACGAAUCAUCGUAAAAACCACCUGUACCUGAUUUCCCCAACAUGUUACUCUUCCUGGCCAUAUCGUUUUUUGCCCUGGGGUUCUCAAAAUCGACACUUACAGAGAGAGAAUACAAGGUGAACAACAUUGUCUUCCUGAAAGAUCACUAUUCUUGGUGUCAAGUGACGCCAAUACAACAGAUAAUAACAUCUCCAGGGUAUCAGAGUGUAACCAUCAACAAUAACAUCUGCGUUGGAGCUUGCUGGAGCUACAGCAUACCCAAAACCCAACCAGCUGAACCUGGAGAGAUCAUAAGGCCGUAUUGCGACAGCUGUCAACCCAACGUGACCAAAUGCUACCACGUGACCCUCACUUCAGAAGAUACAAACUUAGCUGGUCCAAAAACCAUCCAAAAACGUAUAGAGAUCAUCAAAAGCUGCCAUUGCAGACCUUGCGACAAGGUACCAAAGCUAGAAUGCGACCUAUCCCAAGAAAACACAGUUGAACUACCCCAAACCAUGUACACAAACAAAGAUGCCAAAACAACCAUCACAUCCUCUGAAGUACCAGAUAAGGACAUCAUGUUCCUUCUACCCAAGAUAAACGCGAACUCCAUAGUCAAGCUACUGAACGAAGAUGCCGGUGGUCUUGAUAACAGACAAAACGUAUCGUCGAAACUUCUCAAGAUUUUGAACAUUUGGGAAAAGAUGCCAAAUGGCUCUGCCUCCAAGACAGAGCCAGAGGAACCUGGAAAAAUAUUUCAGUUUUUGCACACCCCUGAAAGGAAAGACUUGAACGAUCUCGUGAGUUACAUCGAUACCCAAGAUGUGGAGAACACCAACCUGGACACGCAAAAACUAAGCAAGAUCUUGGAAAAAUAUAGGAAAAACAAGGGUAAGACAAACACUCGUGACAUCUGGCUUGGGACUCCCAACAACGAAAAGAUUUUAGAAGAUCUAAGACAGUCUCAACUGCCUCCUAGUUUUGGUCUUGAAGGCAGUACUCUAGGCAUCAAACACCACUAUAAGGGAUCGCAUAUAGGUAUGGGAAUAAAUACUAACAAAGUUGAGGACCUCCAAGUGGUAACAUUACCAGAGGUGCAAGAUGACCUGAAAACAACCACUCCAAAGUCUGAUUCCACACCUCAUCCCUCCAAAAACAACCACUAUGUCUUGGAGGAGGAACUGGUUCAUGGUAAGAUGGAGCACCUGGUCAAAGGACCUCAUGGUAGCCUUGUCUUGAGGCCUGAAAUAAAAGUCGAGAAAAAAUUGAACUUGGAAACUGAUUCUUUGACGCCAAAUCACCAGGGUGUGGUGAUUACAUAUACUGGAGACGAUCAGAACGCGCCAAAACUUAUCGAUGUUUAGGUUUUUCCAAGAAUCUACGUAAAUUGAGUAGGUACACUGAAUAUCUCUGAGAAAAUCCAAAGAAGUCAUCAAUUAAAAUCAGAGUUAAGCAUCAAUGAGUUCUGUGUGCAACUCACAAUUAACAAUUUUUUAUUGGGAGCUUUUGAUCCAGUGUUAUGGAUAUUAUAUAUGUAUAAAACGUAUUGCAUAUAUUUUUUUCGAUGAGAGUUCUUCUCACACUCAUCAAUUGUAAAUUGUCUACUGAAACUUUUCUUAUUUAAUAAGAUAUACUGUGUAAAUUUUGGCCCAAUGAAGUUUCAUUCAAAAUAUUCGUUAUUUCUAGUCUCAAAGAUAUUGUUUGAAAUUUUAUAGAUCUUAAGAUUCAAAUUCGACACGAUAUAAAAUCGGUAAUACCACAUUAUGUGUAGGUUUUACAUUAUCUAACAACGCCGUUAACUUAAUCGUACCUUUCUCUUCCAACUAAUUUUUACUGUAUGAUAAAAUUGUAUUGGCUGUGUAUUUUUAGUCAAAUAUUCUUCUAUUUCUACUCCUUGUUAUGUAUUUGAGAUGAUACGAUAAUAAAAGGUUUUCCCGUU